GGAAAACUGCGUGUGGCAGCAAAUCGGGACAUUCGAACCCCCCGUGCAGCUGUGGUCGUUGCCCUCGCCCGAAACACAGAUCGCAUUCACUCUCUCGCGUCGUCGCGUAGCCCUCGUCCCUCUGUGAUGGCCACGAUGUCCCUCCGCGAGAAGGUGCCCUUCGGUAAGUGAGCCACCACCAUGACAGGCCACAGGGGCAGGGGCAGAGAGAGAGGGAGGGAGAGAGUCGCGUGAAUGUGCCUCUGCUCUCUUGCACGGAUGUCGGUCGCCCAUGAUGUGACUGACGUGGUUUCUUAUGUCUGUGUGUGGAUUGUUCAGAGAAGCGCACUGAGGAGGCGCACCACAUCCGCGCCAAGUACCCCAACAGGAUCCCCGUCAUCUGCGAGAAGGCCGUACGGUCAGACCUGCCGCAGAUUGACAAGAAGAAGUAUGUGCCAAAACCGCACUGCACACCCACACAGAGAGGAGGGGGGAGGGAGGGAGGGCAGACCAGGGAGAGGUAGCUGCAGCACUCAUUCAUGUCGCCCCACCCACAGGCAGCAAGAGAGAGGGGGAGGGCAGGUGGCCACACACAUGACACCGACGACGGGACGUGAUGGUUUGUCUUUAUCUUGGGGUGUGUGUGUGUGUGUGUGUGUGCCUGCCUGCCUGCCUGCCUGCCUGCCAGGUUUCUGGUUCCGGUGAACAUGCUGGUGGGUGAGUUCAAGUACAUCAUCCACAAGCACAUCAACCAGUGCAGCGACAACCGCGGCUCCAACUUCCCUGCCGAGAAGACCAUCUACCUGUUCGUCAACAACAUGGUCCCCAAGGCCGGCGCCCUCAUCAGCGAGAUAUACGAGCAGCACAAGGACGACGACGGCUUCCUCUACAUGGAAUACUCCGCCGAGAACACACUCGGAGGUGGAGAGUAUCACUAGACAGAC